AUGUCAGAAAAGAUGGAACAAGAAACUGGCGAUGUUGAAACUUUCGCUUUUCAAGCUGAAAUUGCACAAUUGAUGUCAUUGAUUAUUAAUACAUUUUAUUCAAAUAAAGAAAUUUUCUUACGUGAAAUUAUUUCAAAUGCAUCUGAUGCAUUGGAUAAAAUUCGUUAUGAAUCACUUACUGAUACAACAAAACUUGAUACCGGAAAAGAAUUAUAUAUUAAACUUAUACCAGAUAAAGCCAGUAAUACAUUAACUAUCAUCGAUACUGGUAUUGGUAUGACAAAAGCUGAUCUUGUUAAUAACUUGGGUACAAUUGCUCGAUCAGGUACUCGUGCUUUUAUGGAAGCACUUCAAGCUGGUGCAGAUAUUAGCAUGAUCGGUCAAUUUGGUGUUGGCUUUUAUUCAUGUUAUUUAGUUGCUGAUCGUGUAACUGUUACAUCAAAACACAAUGAUGAUGAACAAUAUAUAUGGGAAUCAAGUGCUGGUGGUUCAUUUACAAUUCACCGUGAUACAUCAGGUGAACCACUUGGUCGUGGUACAAAAAUUGUUAUGUAUCUUAAAGAAGAUCAAACUGAAUAUCUUGAAGAAAAACGUGUUAAAGAAGUUAUUAAAAAACAUUCACAAUUUAUUGGUUAUCCAAUUAAAUUAGUUGUACAAAAAGAACGUGAAAAAGAAAUAUCCGAUGAUGAAGAUGAAGACGAAAAGAAAAAAGACACCGAAAAAAAACCUGAAGAUGAAAGCAAAAAAGAUGAAACAAAAGUUGAAGAAAUCGAUGAUGAUGAGGAUGAUGACAAGAAAAAGGAUACUGAUAAAAAGAAAAAGAAAAAAAUCAAAGAAAAAUACACCGAUGAAGAAGAACUUAAUAAACAAAAACCAAUAUGGACACGAAAUCCAGAAGAUAUAUCAACUGAAGAAUAUGCUGAAUUUUAUAAACAAUUAACAAAUGAUUGGGAAGAUCAUUUGGCUGUUAAACAUUUUAGUGUUGAAGGUCAACUUGAAUUUCGUGCUUUAUUAUUUAUACCAAAACGUGCACCAUUUGAUUUAUUUGAAAAUCGUAAAACGAAAAAUUCAAUUAAAUUAUAUGUUCGUCGUGUAUUUAUUAUGGAAAAUUGCGAAGAUUUAAUGCCAGAAUAUUUAAAUUUUAUUAAAGGUGUUGUUGAUUCUGAAGAUUUACCAUUGAAUAUUUCACGUGAAAUGUUACAACAAAAUAAAAUUCUUAAAGUUAUUCGAAAGAAUUUAGUUAAAAAAUGUGUAGAAUUAAUGGAAGAAAUUGCUGAAGAUAAAGAAUCAUUUAAGAAGUUUUAUGAACAAUUUUCACGUAAUCUUAAACUUGGUAUUCACGAAGAUUCAACAAAUCGUGCUAAACUUGCUGGUUUCUUACGUUAUCAUUCAUCAACAUCAGGUGAUGAAGUAACAUCAUUAAAAGAUUAUGUAUCACGAAUGAAAGAAAAUCAAAAAGAUAUUUAUUAUAUAACUGGUGAAUCUCGACAAAUUGUUGAUCAAUCGGCAUUUGUUGAACGUGUACGCAAACGUGGUAUUGAAAUUAUUUAUAUGACAGAACCAAUUGAUGAAUAUUGUGUACAACAAUUAAAAGAAUUUGAUGGCAAAAAACUUGUUUCAGUUACAAAAGAAGGUUUAGAAUUACCUGAAGAUGAAGAUGACAAGAAGAAACGUGAACAAGAUAAAGAAAAAUAUGAAACAUUAUGCAAAGUAAUGAAAGAUAUUUUAGACAAAAAAGUUGAAAAAGUUGUUGUCAGUAAUCGACUUGUUUCAUCACCAUGUUGUAUUGUUACAUCACAAUAUGGUUGGUCAGCUACCAUGGAACGUAUUAUGAAAGCUCAAGCUUUACGUGAUACAUCCACAAUGGGUUAUAUGGCUGCUAAAAAACAUCUUGAAGUUAAUCCUGAUCAUUCAAUUAUAAAAACACUUAAAGCUAAAGUUGAUCAAGAUAAAAAUGAUAAAUCAGUUAAAGAUUUAGUUACUUUAUUAUAUGAAACAUCACUUUUGGCUAGUGGUUUUACUCUUGAAUUACCACAACAACAUGCUGAUCGUAUAUUUCGUAUGAUUAAGCUUGGUUUAGGUAUUGAUGAAGAAGAUGCAACUGAAGAAAGUCACAUAGCUACUGGUGAUUCAAGUGCAGAUAUGCCCCCACUUGAAGCCGGUGGAGAUAAUUCGGCUGCUGUUUCGGCUGACGCCUCACGAAUGGAAGAAGUUGAUUAA